CUGUCCUCUCACGAUACAAGGUGAAUCAUCUGGCAUCCUCGUCGUUCCUUUGCCCUGGCGCGAUAUUGGUUGUGCUCGCAAAAUGGUCACCAAAAUAUUACGAGGAUAAUCGCCCUGCAUAUUUAUUCGACAACAGAACAUCUUAGCUAAGCAUGGCCCUGGGCAUCCUCGAACCUCGUGUCGAACACGUUCCCGGCACAGUCUACGUCUACGAGUCCGAGCAACGACAUGCUGAGCUCUUGCAGGCCGCUCGACACUUGAAAAGGGACAGGACUGGUCGCAUGAUCUUGGUGCCUCAGCCAUCAGACGACCCAAAUGACCCUUUGAACUGGCCUCUCUGGCAACGCGACCUUAUCCUUGGAAUCCUCUGCUUUGUGUCAUGUCUCGCGACUACCGCUUCUCCUCUACUCGCGGCAGAUUCUGUCACCCUUGCCCUGCUCUUCAAGCGGACCUUUCAAGAUGCGGCACUUCUGACGGCCUACCAUCUGGUAGGUGUGGGCGUUGCUGGUUGGCUGUUUGUUGCAUCGGCAAGAGUCUGGGGCAAGAGACACCUGUUCCUGUUCGGAUCUCUUUUGAUGGUGGCGACUUCUGCGUGGGGUGGUUCGACACAUAACAACUAUAACUACGCGAGUAUAUUGUGGAGCCGUAUUUUCCAGGGAGUCGCUUUGGCGCCGUUCGAAGCACUCGUCAAUGCUUGCGUCGGUGAUCUGUAUUUCGUGCAUGAGCGCGGCGUGCGAAUGGCUAUCACCAAUACCUGUCUCUUCGGAGGAGCGUUCUUGACACCCGUGUUCGUUGGUAUGAUCUCAGCGCAUAUGGGCUGGCAGUGGAGUUUCUACCUACUUGCCAUCUUCAUGGCCCUCGGCUUUUUACUAGUGUUCUUCUUCGUCCCCGAAACAGCCUAUCGACGAGCGCACGCACUUAACCUCGACCUUCUCGCGGAAGGUUCCUCGACCGAGUCGCUCCCAGGCCCUCAAACUUCCUCCAUGCGGGAGUCGGAAGAGAAGCCUUUUCGUUCAAUGACGGUGACGGAAAGCUCUGGCCGAAGAGUCUCCUACAUGGAAAGACUCAUGCCGUUCAAUGGUCGCAAAAGCGACGAAUCGUUCUUCAAACUCCUCUUAAGGCCGUUCCCACUUUUCCUGCAUCCGGCUGUUGCAUGGGCUUGCCUGAUCCAGGGCGUCAUCAUCGGCUGGACAGUCAUGGUUGGUGUCAUUUUGUCUCUCAUCUUUCUGGGUCCACCCCUCUUUUUCAACGAAGAACGUGCCGGAAAGAUGUACACCAGCGCAUUCAUCGGCAGCAUGAUCGGGCUCGUUCUAGCUGGUUUGUACAGCGAGCUUGUCACUAAAUUCAUGGUCCGACUGAACAAGGGCAAGUACGAACCCGAAUUUCGUAUCCUGCUGGUGAUACCAACACUGAUCUUCUCGGUGGUCGGCCUCUAUGGUUUCGGCAUCACAGCAAACAACGUGAUGAGAUACGGCUGGCUUGUCCCGGAAGUUUUGCUUGCCUUCAUCAUCAUCAGCAUGGUCAUGGGAGCUAUCGCAUCGGCGCAGUAUCUCUUGGAUGCCCAUCGUGAUCUUGCGGUCGAGGCAUUCACGAAUUUGCUGAUCUUCAAGAACAUCUUCUCGUUCAUCCUUGCUUACAACGCAUACAAUUGGGUAUUUGCGAUCCGCAUCAACAAUUUAUUCAUCAUCUUUGGCAGCAUUGAAGUUGCGCUGUGCCUGCUGAGUAUACCGAUGUACGUGUUUGGCAAGAAGAAUCGGGAAUUUUUCCACCGGCACGAUAUUCUGAAGAUGGCGAAGUUGAGAUAAUAACGUCCAUGAGAUCCGCAAAUAGGUAAUAAUGCUAGCCUUACUCUGCAACUCUUAACGAUGUUUUACUAUGUACUGCUUUACAAGGGGGCCAAUGUUGAUCUGGCGAAGGAUCCUGUAGGCCAAAUGACCUACCAAGCCUGCUAGUAUCGAUCCUACAGUCACAUGAAUGGUGAUGGUUUUAAUAUGGGCGCCACCUCUUC